AUGUGCUGUUGGGCUGGUUGGGUGUCCGAUUUUGGAGCGGCGCGGCCAAUUGGUGCGCGGUCGUACAAAGAAUUGACAGCCGCUCUUGCUUUUCGGCUGUGCGCUUUUGUCCAAGCCUCUAUCACUCUGUUCAAAACAACCUCUCGUAGCCGACCUCUCGGACCAGAAGUCAACAAUCUUGCGAUCCUGUCACUCGUCAUGUCGACCACCGUUCUCUCCCGAAGACCACUCUCUGGACAACUGCCUUGUCUACGCACACCUCCACGCAGAGACUUCUUGCAGUCAAGGCGCUGGUUGCGGUUGGCGCGUCCGGCAAAAGCAUCACCGAUACAAAGGCCGCAGUUUGAAACACCGAGCAGGCGCUCAUUCUUUUCAUUCCUGAGGUCCUAUCUUUCUCCGGCACGACCCACCGAUGAUGCGACCCCAACGAAUACCGCUGGCCCAGCAGCUGUCGAAACAUCGGUUCAAAGUUCAACAAAACGCCACAAUGUGGAUGGCCUCUCCGCUCGCGCGAAUGAAUCGGCGACCGCCGAGCCUAGCCUCAAAAAUAGCAGCGGAAAUGCGGAUGCGUUCAUGGCAGAGAAAGAUCGCGCAUAUUUGGAAAUGUUGAAGGACAUGGAUGGAGGCAUGGCGGGCGUCGAGUUUGAGAAUGGGGAGUGUUCGGGGCUCAAAGCACAGGUCCGAUCGGACAUGAAGCGGGUGAUUUGAAUUUUCGGUACAAGUCGCAUGUCAAUGAGCGAUUUGAAGAGCAAAUCAACACUUUUUGGGGCGGGGCUAAAUCGCAGGAGACGACGGGUUUGGAAAUUUGGAGCCAGAUACACAGAAUUGAAUGCUCGAUGGAGGAGGGGUUAUCGAUAUACCUCACAGGGAUUUGAUUUGUUGUAGAUAGUAACCGAUUGUAGCGUUUUAGCAACACGUACAGUAUUCUGUUGGCUUUGCUCCUCACUUCCUUUAGGCAAUUCGUUACCCUUGCACGUGGUUUCCCUGUAUUCUGACCGUUCUGAUCUUAUGGAAGGGUCUUGCAUACCGGACCUCAAACCGGGCAGCAUUCAAGAUGACAUUGGUUUCUGAGAGUUGC